AUGUCCUAUAUCAGACCGCGCCCCCACCUCUUCCUCCGUUCCCUGCAUACGUCACCGCCACCACCACCACCACCACCACCAGCCGCACGAGUCCAACUGGCCUACGAGCUCCAUCACCACCACCGCCAGCCACCUCGCACCACCAGCAGCAGUAGCCCCUCAACAUCGCCAAUUCUCUUCCUCCAUGGGUUUCUCGGCUCAAAGCGCGAGAAUCGGAUGAUUAGUAGGCAAGCACUUCCCUCCCGACUGGGACAACUGGCCAAGGAUACCUCCCGAUCAGUCUAUGCAUUGGAUCUGCGCAAUCACGGCGACUCCGGCCACCAUCCGAAACACGAUUAUAUGGAACUCGCGCUAGAUGUGCGAAGCUUCAUCGAGAAGCACCGCAUUCGAGAGCCGACGAUCAUUGGACAUUCGAUGGGAGCGAAAACAGCUUUAACCCUGGCGCUGGAAUCUCCCCACCUCAUCAAAGAUGUCGUGGCCAUCGACAACGGUCCCAUUCAUCUGCCGCUCAAAUCGGAUUUUCUUGGAUACCUCCAAGGCUUGGCCCGAUUGCAAGAGGAGCGGAUCACGAGCCAUCGGCAAGCCGAUGAAAUUCUGGCGGCAUAUGAGAAGGACCCCGCCAUUCGGCUCUGGCUCAUCAGCAACCUCGUAAAGAAACCAAGUUCGCCAUAUCUCGACCUGCGAAUUCCUGUGGAGAUCCUGAAAACGGCCAUGGGGCCUCUGGGCGGCUUCCCCUACAGAGAGACUCAGGAAGGGGUCAAGCAGUUUCACGGGCGGGUGCUUUUUCUGAGAGCACUUCGAAGCCAUUACAUUCCGGAAACGGCGUUUCCAACGAUAUCUUCGUUCUUCCCAGACGCCAAGAUCGUGAAUAUCGAUAGUGGUCACUGGAUUGUUCAAGAGAAACCGGAGGAACUUCGGCAAACUGUUACCGAGUUCCUAUCAUAACCCAGAAAAGGCCCCAUCCGGUGCCGAUGAGCUUUGCAUGAUAGACAAAUUUGCGGACAUAUAUGCGAACUCGCCUUGCAGACUCGACCCAAGGGAGUAAUGGUUUGUGCAUACAGGGCCGCUCAUGCACAAGCAAACCCGCAACAUAUACUGCGCAAGCCGGCCCAUGUAACAACAUUCUUAAUAUGUAGUAUCUAGAUCACCGUCCAGAGUAGGCCCAUAGAUUCCCUGCAUUUGUGUAUCAGCCAAGAACCCGCCCAGCUGAGGCCGGACAAAAAAGUGGUCCUGUGACAAGAGCGCGCCCAUGGAGGCCUCAAGGCAUCCAUGAAGACGGUACUGCUCCCCCCCGGCAGCCUGCUGCGUCAUAAGUAGAGGUGGUCCCGAUGUCCAGAAUGGACGCGCGCGGCUGGAUAGCGGGAACGUUCUGAUGAACCUCGACACUUGAAUGUGGGUCCCUCGGUGAUAAGGU